UGUGCACCAAGUUUCUUCACGUCAAUACGCGGGUAAUGUAGUAGUAGUAGUGUGAUUCUGUGUCCCAAAGCAAAUAAAUCUGAAGAAAAAGUAAAUCUGGCAUCUUCAUUUAAUUAUAUAUACAGAGAGGAUAAUUACGAGAUAUGGUAAAUGUCACGAAGGGCAUUUUAGUUGAAUGUGAUGCGGCUAUGAAACAAUUUCUUCUACAUCUGGAUGAAACAUCAGCAUUGGGAAGGAAAUUCAUAAUUCAAGAUUUGGAUGAGAGACACUUAUUUAUAUCCGCUGAUAUAUUAGAGAUUCUACAGACAAAAGUGGAUGACUUAAUGGAUCAGAUAUCAUUCCCACUGGCAGAGAAAGGAAUAUAAACAGAACAAGACGAGAUUUGCUUUC